GGAGUGGGGUGUCCUCUCGGAGGGGGCUUGGCAGCCCCUGUCCCUCACCCCUGAGCAGCGUCGAGAAGAGUGUUUCACCAUGGCUGAGGUUGCGGAGCUCAAGGAAGUCUCUCCGGGUCCACAGGAGCAACCUGAAGGUGGGAAGAUUGAGGGACUAGGAGAACCUGGGGCUGCGGGCCUGGAGGAGCAGGCAGCGAGCAAGGGAGCUGCAGAGGCGCCCAAGGACCAGGGGGCGGGCGCAGAGGCGACGGCCUCGGGGAAGGAAGAAGGAGGCUGCGGGCAGGACGGAGGGAUCGGGACCGAGACUCCGAGCGCCAGCGGAGCGCAGGGUGAAGCAGAGGCUGCAGAGCGCGACCCAGAGGGCGCCCGGCUCCUGCAGGAAGCCGAGGAGGAGCCGGGCGCCCAGCAGGUGCGAGAGCCGAGCCCGGGGCUAGACCCGCACGGUGAGGUCCCCGAGGUCCCUGGGGAUGAUCGCCAACAGCCGGAGGACCCCGCAACCUCAGAAGCGUGGAAAGAGGUAGAGUCCGGUCUGGAAGCGCAGCGGGGCAGUGCACCAGGAUCGCAGAUCAAUACAGAAGCCCAGGGACCUGCAGGGGAGAGCAUGGAUACAGAUGCACCCGCAGGAGAGGCACAUGGGUCAGAGGGUGAGCCUCAGAGUGGAGGAGAAAGCAUCUCUCAGCCUCAGGCCGAGGCGACUGAGGUCGCAGCCGCAGAGAUCGGAGGGCACGACUCCGGGGAGCUGGCGGGAGCUCCAACCGCAGACGACGCGGGGGAAGCCGGAGCCCCGGGGAAAGACCGGCCGGAAGAAGCAGCUUCGGAGGAGGCGAGGGUAGACGCUGGCGAGGAUGGGAAGCAGGGAGGGCUCCAGGAGGAGACCGGGGAGGAAGAAGCGAGGCCAGAACCUGGGCUGGAGGGACACUGUAAGGAGGGCAUGCAGGAGAAGACUUCCGACGGCAGCCCUGAUGAAGAGGAGGGCAAAGUCACCCAACAGGAGGAGUCCCAGGCGGAGCUCAGCAACCACCUCCCUGAGGAGCCCAGCACUCAGCGCGGAGAAGAGUUGGGGCAAGUGAAUGACCGCAGGGAGAAUGGCCCAGCAUCGGAGAUGGAGGACCCGGGACAGGAGCAUGACAUCACCCUGUUUGUCAAGGCUGGCUAUGAUGGCGAGAGCAUUGGAAACUGCCCAUUUUCUCAGCGCCUCUUUAUGAUCCUCUGGCUGAAGGGUGUCAUCUUCAAUGUGACCACAGUAGACCUGAAAAGGAAGCCUGCGGACCUUCAGAACCUGGCUCCUGGGACGAACCCUCCUUUCAUGACGUUUGAUGGUGAAGUCAAGACGGACGUGAAUAAGAUUGAGGAGUUCUUAGAGGAGAAGUUAGUUCCCCCACGGUACCCUAAGCUGGGAACACGACACCCUGAAUCCAACUCAGCAGGAAAUGAUGUUUUUGCCAAAUUCUCUGCAUUUAUUAAAAACACCAAGAAGGAUGCAAACGAGACUUAUGAAAAGAACCUGCUCCGGGCCCUGAGGAAGCUAGACAGUUACUUAAACAGCCCACUGCCAGAUGAAAUCGAUGCCUACAGCACAGAAGAUGUCACUGUUUCCCGAAGGAAGUUCCUGGAUGGCGAUGAGCUCACGCUGGCCGACUGUAACCUCUUACCCAAGCUCCACAUCAUUAAGAUUGUGGCCAAGAAAUACAGAGGUUUUGAGUUCCCUUCUGAAAUGACUGGCAUUUGGAGGUACUUGAACAAUGCCUAUGCCCGGGAUGAGUUCACUAACACAUGUCCAGCUGACCAGGAGAUCGAACACGCAUACUCAGAUGCGGCAAAGAGGAUGAAGUGAGUGAUGCUGGAUUGCUUCCUGUCUUUCCCUCAGACGAGUGAGCGAGGCUUCCAGGACAGCCUUCUGCACAUUUUCCCAGAAGUAGCAUUUGCACAAUAUCUCUGACUCUCUAAAUGCCACCGCAGGAUGCGCGGCCUCGCAAUUUGCCUACUCAUCCCUACAUCUCAUCUAUGCUAAUCUAUGUCUUUGAGAUUCAGUUCUCUU